AUGGCGGAACACGUGCUAACCCGUGUUCACAGCCUCCGGGAGCGCCUGGAUGCCACCCUGGCUGCUCAUCGCAAUGAAAUUUUACUCUUCUUAUCAAGGAUUGAAGCCCAUGGUAAGGGAAUCCUGAAGCCUCACCAGCUUCUUGCUGAGUUUGAAGCAAUUUGCCAGGCUGACAAGGAUAAACUGCAGGAUCAUGCCUUUCAAGAGCUUCUCAAGAGCACUCAGGAAGCAAUAGUUUUGCCGCCAUGGGUAGCGCUUGCGAUUCGCCUUCGUCCGGGUGUAUGGGAAUAUGUUAGAGUCAACGUGAAUGCUCUUGCUGUCGAGGAACUCACCGUGCCCGAAUAUCUGCAGUUCAAGGAAGAGCUCGUUAACGGAACUGCUAAUGGGAACUUUGUUCUCGAGCUGGAUUUCGAACCGUUCACGGCUUCUUUCCCAAAGCCGACCCUCACUAAGUCCAUCGGAAAUGGCGUCGAGUUUCUCAACCGCCAUUUGUCCGCCAAAAUGUUCCAUGACAAGGAGAGCAUGGCCCCUCUUCUCGAUUUCCUUCGCACACACCACUACAAGGGCAAGACGAUGAUGUUGAACGAUAGAAUACGAAACCUUAACUCACUGCAAGGUGUCCUGAGGAAAGCAGAGGAGUACCUCUCGACUCUCCCUCCCGAGACGCCUUACUCUGAUUUCGAGCACAAGUUUCAGGAGAUUGGGCUGGAGAGAGGGUGGGGGGACAAUGCGGGCCGGGUCUCGGAGAUGAUCUCCAUGCUCCUCGACCUUCUAGAAGCUCCCGACUCGUGCACCCUCGAGAAAUUCCUCGGGAGAAUCCCUAUGGUCUUUAAUGUCGUUAUUCUUUCACCACACGGUUAUUUCGCCCAAGAAAAUGUCUUGGGAUAUCCCGAUACAGGUGGCCAGGUUGUCUACAUUUUGGAUCAAGUUCCUGCUUUAGAGCGCGAGAUGCUGAAACGUAUCAAGGAGCAAGGACUUGAUAUCACGCCUCGCAUUCUCAUUGUGACUCGACUGCUGCCGGAUGCAGUAGGAACCACUUGCGGCCAAAGGCUGGAGAAAGUAUUUGGAACCGAGCAUUCGCAUAUCAUUCGCGUUCCAUUCAGGACCGAGAAGGGAAUUGUUCGAAAAUGGAUCUCACGUUUUGAGGUUUGGCCGUAUAUGGAGACUUUCACCGAGGAUGUUAUCAAAGAAAUUAGUGCAGAGUUGCAAGGGAAGCCAGAUUUGAUAAUUGGAAACUACAGUGAGGGCAAUCUUGCAGCCUCCUUGAUGGCUCACAAGUUAGGAGUAACACAGUGUACCAUUGCCCAUGCACUUGAGAAAACCAAGUACCCGGAUUCCGAUAUCUACCUCAAAAAGUUUGACGAUAAGUACCACUUCUCGUGCCAGUUCACUGCUGACCUUUACGCGAUGAACCACACUGACUUCAUCAUAACCAGCACAUUCCAAGAGAUUGCUGGAAGCAAGGACACUGUGGGGCAGUAUGAGAGCCACAUGGCGUUCACGAUGCCAGGUCUGUACCGUGUCGUGCAUGGAAUUGACGUGUUCGACCCGAAAUUCAACAUAGUCUCCCCGGGAGCUGAUAUGAAUCUCUACUUCCCGUACACGGACAAGGACAAGAGACUAACUUCUCUCCACCCCGAAAUCGAGGAGCUUCUUUUUAGCGACGUUGAAAAUGAGGAGCAUUUGUGUGUGCUCAAGGACAAAAAGAAGCCCAUCCUGUUCACUAUGGCCCGUCUCGACCGAGUCAAGAACCUAACCGGCCUAGUCGAGCUCUACGCCAAGAGCCCGAGGCUACGAGAAUUCGCAAACCUCGUCGUGGUUGGUGGGGACCGGCGCAAGGAGUCGAAGGACAUCGAGGAGCAAGCCGAGAUGAAGAAAAUGUACGACCUUAUCGAAACCCACAAGCUGAACGGGCAGUUCAGGUGGAUCUCGUCACAGAUGAACCGUGUUAGAAACGGCGAGCUGUACCGUUAUAUUGCCGACACGAAGGGGGCUUUCGUGCAGCCCGCUUUUUACGAGGCCUUUGGGCUGACUGUGGUCGAGGCCAUGACGUGCGGGCUGCCCACUUUCGCCACUCUGCACGGUGGGCCCGCUGAGAUCAUCGUGCAUGGGGUAUCGGGCUUCCAUAUUGACCCGUACAAUGGGGAACAGGUGGCCCAGACUCUUGUCGAUUUCUUUGAGAGGUGUAAGGAGGAUCCUGGUCACUGGGAGAGGAUCUCGGCUGGUGGGUUGAAACGUAUCCAAGAAAAGUAUACAUGGCAAAUUUAUUCGGACAGGCUGUUGACGUUGGCCGGUGUUUAUGGGUUCUGGAAAUAUGUUUCGAAGCUCGAUCGUCUGGAGAUAAGGCGGUACCUCGAGAUGUUCUACGCGCUCAAGUAUCGCAAGUUGGCUGAUGCUGUUCCAAGGGCAGAGGAGUGA